CUUGGACAAAAUGGUAGACGGACUGAAGUUAAAUUUUCGUAAAAUUGAGGCAAUAUUCACAUUUUAUAGUCUGUCUAGGCAUUUAAGAACGUUGUUAGAGUAGAUUCACACACAUAGUCGGUGUUUUGCUAGACAUAAGCAUAAUGAGUGGUAAAGUGCCUAUUCUCAAUACAGCAAUGACAGGAUUCAUGUCACUGUCCCCUCAGAUGAAGUUAAAACGGCUGGGGUAUCUUGCAGUUGCUCUUGUGACAGGAAUUUUCUUUUUUGGCAUGAAAAGGAUGAAGUCGAAGAUGAAACUGAUAUCCUACAAAGGCCCACCAAAGCGCUACACUGUUCAUCUUCUUUCUGUUACCAUUACGCAGGAGGACUAUACUUUAAAACUUACUGAUGCCCAAGGUCAUUGCAUACUCAAUGUCAAGCUUGGGACAUCUAUUCCAAGGGGUAUAAUGUUUACCGCAACAGAGAGAGAUGGCACUUUAGAAAUAACAUGGCCAGAAGUUGCCACAGUUGAAAUAGUAAGCACAUUAGAUGGGGACUUUACAGUCUAUGAAAUCCAUUGGAAAGGAAUGGACUCAACAUGUAGCCUUAGUGAUGAGAUUGAUAUGUCAGGGGCACAUUGGUAUGGUGGCGCCCAGGUUAUGAACAAUCAAUGGCCAAUCAACACUUACGACAGGCCAACAACUGCCUACAUCGCUGGAGAUUCCUACCAAGAUCAAUAUGGCGGGGUUCAAGAACGUUAUUUUCUAUCAUCCAAUAAUGCUGCAAUUUUUGUCGACAAUGACGUUCCAUUAUUUGUCGGAAUUAACCACAAUGGAAACAAAAUUUUGGAACUGAAAGCCGAGGUAGCUGCUCCUUAUAAAAAUGUUAAUAACUCUCGAAAUUGGUUAAGAUACAGAGUUAUUCACGGACCAGAUAUGCAAAAAAUACAGUCUUAUGUGGCGGGAAAGUUCUGGAAAUGCCCUGAAGGUAUUCCUGAUGAGCGCAUGUUGACAUCCCCGAUUUGGUCAACUUGGGCCAAGUACAAGAAGAAUAUUAAUGAUGAUGUCAUACAAAGCUUUGCUGAUGAGAUUAUUGCAAAUAAGUUCAGCCACUCACAAAUAGAGAUAGAUGAUGAAUGGACUCCAAAGUAUGGAGAUAUGCAGUUUGAAACCACCAAGUUCCCACAAGCUAAACAAACCAUAGAAACCCUUAAAGCCAAGGGGUUCAGAGUCACAGUAUGGGUGCAUCCAUUUGCCAGUUUGACAUCCCAGCGAGCACGGAAGGGAUUCACCAAGGGUUACUUCGUGAAAAACAAAGGGCUUUCAAUCCCAGGGAUUUCUUUCUGGUGGAAUGGCGUGGGUCUUAUCCUAGACACAACCAAUCCAGAAGCUGUUGAGUAUUUCACCAAAACGAUGAAAAGUCUACAAACGGAUUAUGGCGUACAUUCCUUCAAGUUUGACGCUGGGGAAGUGAACUGGUUACCAAGGUUUUAUUCCACUCAUAUCCAAAUGGCAAACCCAAAUGAAUACACUACACAAUUUGCAGAGAUGGCUUAUAAAUGCGACACAACCUUGCGCCUACAAGAGGUUAGAGUCGGUGUCAGGACGCAACAUUUGCCGAUUGUUGUACGUAUGAUGGAUAAAGAGUCUAACUGGAAUGAUAACAAUGGACUCAAGACGCUCAUUCCUCAUGCGCUGCUCUUUGGAAUUAUAGGGUAUCCAUUUGUACUACCAGAUAUGAUAGGUGGAAAUGCCUACUCUGGGAUGUGGGGAAUCCAUGGGACAUCUUACCCUGAAAAGGAACUUUUCAUUAGAUGGCUACAGGCAAAUGUUUUCCUCCCUUGUAUGCAAUUCUCCAUUACCCCCUGGCAGUAUGAUGAAGAGACAGUUAAAAUAGCACGUUCAAUGGUUGAGUUACAUGAGAAGUUUGCUCCCACAAUUAUCCGGCUUGCCAAGGAAGCCACACAAACAGGAGCCCCAAUAGUGAGACCCCUCUGGUGGAUUGCCCCUGACGACCCCACAUCACAAGAAAUAGAUUCAGAGUUUCUUCUGGGAAAUGAUAUCCUCUCUGCACCCAUCCUUGAGAAAGGCGCAACUUCUCGUUCUAUAUAUCUGCCACCUGGUGUCUGGGAGGAUGAACUAAAGGGCGGAAUUCUUGCUGGUGGAAAAUGGUACCAUAACUAUGCAGUUGGGCUGCACGAACUUGCUUAUUUCACCAGACAGUAAUGAUAGUACACGACAAUAAUGAUUUUCUGAGAAAAAGGUGUGAUAUUUCUAACUGUGUGUCUUGUUACAUACAUUGGUGAUUCUCAACUAAAAGAUGGAAAAUUUAAGAAGUUGAGAAAAACUUAUACCACAAGGACCCCAUUUUCAAGUAGACCAAUAGGAUCCUGGUCUCAUAAAAAUAAUUUGGAAAGUUAAUUUAUAUUUCAGUACAUUCCAGAGACUGACAUUAUUUAUCUGUAAUGCAAUGAAAAUGCAAUAGGUCUAUUGAAAAUGAAAACUGACGGUUCUUAAAUUUAUAUAUCAUUGGGUGACCCAAAUAAAUGCAACCUUCUAUUUUUGAAAAACUAUGUCAAAUGUGAUGGAAUAUAUUAUUUUUUGAGUCACCCUGUACUUAAGUGUUGAAAUGAUGAAAUUGUUGUCAGUUUUGACCUAGUUUUUGCAGAGAUUUCUUGCAAAAAUGCAUACUUUUCAAGUGAUUCUGUAUAAAAUCUUUUGUAAUGCAUGAAAAGAAUUGAAUCCCUGGACUCAAUGCAUUGCGGCUGAUAUAUUCCACUCAUCAUCUUUCAUAAAUUGAUUACAGCA